AUGAAGCCGAGCCAUAAAUUUGUAUUUCUGCUGUGGUUAGCAUUCCUGAUGCUCUCCACCGCGGAACUCACCAAGAAUAAGGAAGAAAAUAAUAAUAGUAAUGAAAAAAAGUCUCCAAGGCUACAACAACGCCAGCCACAAAAUAAUGUUCCAGAGACGCCUAUCAUAGUUGAAGAAGAUAUGGAUGACAGUGAUAGCGAUGAUAGUAUUGUUAAUAAUGAUGAUGAUAGUUUGACUGACUGGGAGAAUGUUCGUCAAAGAUUACAGGAGCUCAAAGCCGUUCGAGAUUCAAUUCUUGAUUUAGUACCAGUGACUGAUUCAUUUCUUACAGAUAUCACCACAAAGCAAUCUAAGGAAAGCGAUGAAGAAUCGCCUGCGUGGGAAGAAAUUGAGGAAGAAAUUAUAGAAGAUGAUCAGGAAGAAGAAGAAAAAGUUACUUUGACACCUGAACAACAAGAAGCUGAAGAAAUGUUCAACAAAGCACAGAAGUUAUUAAACGCCACCAGGAGUAAUAAAGCUGAAGCUUAUAAAUUGAUAACUGGAGCGGCAACGCUAGGACACGCUGAAGCGAGAUCAAUGUUGGCAUGGGCUCAGUUACUAGGUACACAAACGGGACUGCCUUCAGCUAGUCAAGACAUUUCAGCAGCUCUGCAAACAUUCAAAGAGCUAGUGGAAACGGGACUGCCGUCGGCGCAUAUGGGAAUGGGUUUUUUUUAUGCAUUAGGUCUGCAAGGAAUUAAAACUUCCCAAGCGAAAGCUUUGUUACACUAUACCAUCGCAGCAAUUGGCGGAGAUACUCGAGCACAAAUGGCAGUCGGCUACAGGUACUGGGUAGGAGUGUUUACUCGUCCUUCCUGCGAGAGUGCCUUGAGUUACUAUCGAAAAGUAGCGAAUAAGGUGGCUGAUCAAGUGACCUUGAGUGGUGGUCCAGUUAUUCAGCGGACUAGGUUACUUGAUGAGCAAGAAAAUCCAGAGUUCAACUCGGGAAUCCUAGAUGACGACUUGAUCGAGUACUAUCAGCUGCUCGCGGAACGUGGUGAUGUACAAGCCCAAGUUGGGCUUGGACAACUGCACUAUCAAGGCGGUAGAGGAGUUCCUCUGGAUCAUCAGCGGGCUCUUGAUUAUUUUCAGCAUGCUGCUAAUGCUGGCAAUGCUGUUGCUAUGGCUUUUUUGGGAAAAAUUUAUUUGGAAGGAAGUGACAUUGUAAAACAGGAUAAUGAUACGGCUUUAGAAUAUUUUUCAAAAGCAGCGACUCACGGUAAUCCUGUGGGGCAAAGUGGGUUAGGAUUAAUGUAUUUGUAUGGUAGAGGAGUGAAACGCGAUACCACAAAAGCUUUGCAAUAUUUUAGCCAAGCUGCCGAGCAAGGUUGGGUUGAUGGACAAUUACAAUUAGGCAAUAUGUAUUUCAGUGGAAUAGGCGUAAAGCGUGAUUAUAAAAUGGCAAACAAGUACUUUAACCUCGCAAGUCAGUCUGGGCAUGUACUGGCGUUUUACAAUUUAGCUCAGAUGCAUGCUACAGGUACGGGGAUGAUGCGAAGCUGUUCAGCAGCCGUUGAGUUAUUUAAAAACGUCGCCGAGCGCGGCAAAUGGAGUAAUCAAUUAAUGACAGCACACGCUGAUUACCGAGAAGGUAGAGUCGAUCAGGCAUUCAUUCAGUAUGCUCUCCUCGCGGAAAUGGGUUAUGAAGCGGCUCAGAGCAAUGCAGCGUAUAUUCUGGAUAAAGGCGAAGUAGGAAUUUUGACUCCUGAUGAAGGGCUCAAGAUGGCACUGGCUUUCUGGGCACGGGCCGCUGCUCAAGGGUACUCAACAGCUCAGGUAAAACUUGGCGAUGCACAUUACUAUGGAAGAGGAACGAAAGUUGACUACGAAGCAGCUGCUCGUUAUUACAGACAAGCGUCUGAGCAGCAGCAAAAUGCUCAGGCAAUAUUCAAUCUCGGUUACAUGCACGAGCGCGGACUUGGUCUUGCACAAGAUCGACAUUUAGCGAAACGCUGUUAUGAUUUAGCAGCUGAAACGAGCCCUGAUGCGCGAAUCCCCGUUGCUUUGGCUCUUAUAAAACUUUAUUUUCUAUUUGGUAUUGAUUAUCUGAAAGAAUUCAGUUUCAAUGAACAUAUGGCCAAGUGGGACCAGAUGCUAGGACAAAAUUGGGAUCUAUAUGUGAUUGGUUUAUUAACAGGGAUGUUAAGUCUUGUUAUUUACUUCCGUAGGCCACAGCCUCCUCAGCAACCACAACGAGGAGCUGGUGCUACACCAGCGAGACCCGGAACUGGAGUGGGAGCUGGAGCACCAGCAGCUCCAGCUGCACCAGCUGAUGUUCCUCCUGUUAAUUAA